AUGGGGAAGAAAGUCAAAUCCAAGACCAACAAGGCCAAUCAGGCUCAAGAUAAUGGCGGAAAAUUACAGGUCGCACGUGGUGUAUCUGGCUCAAAGAAAGGAUCAAUCUGGAAACAACCAGCGAAGCUGUUUGUUCCUGCAGCUCCAGAUGGGAUAAGUUCAUGGGUUUGGCCUUCCUUACCUACUGUCACCACAGAUGCUCAGCCACUUCAAAAAUCAGAAACUGGUGGUAGCUCCUCAAAGACUGCCAGUGAUACUACAGAUACUAGUGGUAGUUCUGCAAAUCCUGUUAGUAUUCGCACAGAUCCGACUAAAAUUGUCUCCAGUUCGGCUUUGGUUCCCAGUUUCAAGCCAUUUAUUUUAAAGUAUCAUACCACCACUGCUACAUCUCCAGCAUCCUUCAAACAAAAAAGUCAUAAUGAUGUUGUUGGAAACCUUGGUUGGGUUGUCGAACCUGAGGUAGUGAUAGAGAAAGAUCCUAAGGAGCCGAAUCCUUGGGCAGAUACGACGGCAGAGAUUUCCACGGAGCCAAAAGAAAAGUUUCCCACCCUGGUCAACUGGCCAUUCAUAGGUGAAAAGGAUAGAUUCAACAAGUUGGCUUCACUGGGAUUAUUUGUUUUUAACUAUAAGAACAACAUCUUCAAGCAACCAAAAAAUGAUCAAAAUCAAAGCGCAUUGAUCAGAUUACUUCAAAUGGAGGGUCUCAAUGAUAUACUCCUCAAAUUGAUCUGGCAAAACCAUAGCACUGCUUCUGCUUUAUGUCGAACUAGUCAGAGAUCUUGGGAUGUCUUAAUGGGUGUCACUGGUACUUGGGAUAUCACUGGGGGCAAUUUCGAAAAUUGUGAAAUACCAAGAGAGGAAAAUAACUUUGAGGCGGCUGCUGCGUCAGUCGUAAUUGUCACCCCUACCAGAGAUGGGAAGCCUAUUAAGUACAUUAACCAAGUCAAAAACUUGAACAAGAUGUGCAUUGCCAUGCAUAACUUCAGCGAAUUCUUACAGAAUAUCCAAUUUCAUCAUGUUCCUUUCCUCAGUACUCAUAUCCUCGCAUUAAUUAUCCCUGAAAUGCGCAAACUCAGUGUUCUCGGGGUCCACAAUUGUGAAUUGAUUCACCUUGGAGAUGGUCAAGAGCUUCUCAACAUUAUUCAACGUGAUCGUCUUCGAGGUUGCGAACAUCAAGUCUCUUUAGACUUUUAUCCUGCAUAUCAUGUCGGUCCCUACUCAACACAUCAUGCUGGGGAGAAGAAAGGUGAACAAAGAUUAGGAGAACAAUACUCAUAUGGUGUUACUUGGGAUGAUCCUGGUAUGGUAGUUGCUGAUAUUCGAAUCGCUAUUUGGCAAGAAGUUCAUGGUCUUCUUCAUCAGGCGAGAAUUCAGGGUAUUGAUUUCGAAUCUAAACAUACCAUGCUUAGACAAUGGUUGGACAAAUCACCUUGUUUGGCUGUGGAAAAAACUUUGGAAGUUCUCAUGGAUCCAGAUGCUAGGAUUGAUCAAAUUAUUGUUCAUGUUGCAUACAGAGAAUUUCAUGGAGAUGUUGAGAAAUUUCGAAAAUCUGUACCUGGUAAAGUCGCCAACAAACCAGAGGGUUCGCAAUGGAUGGUAGAAGGCUUUAGAUGUCCCAGUUGUGAACAACUACUUCCUGGAAUUUGGUUUUCUUACCAGAUGAUUCGCAACUUUAAAUUAAACAGUCAAGACAAUCCCACGUGUCAAGCAUGCAAAUUGUUCGACUAUUUAAAAAUGGAGGACGACCACUACAAAAAAGAAAAACGCACCAUUAUUAAAGCAUGGUGUUGGGAUCGUUCACUCACCGUACCCAAUUCCCAAAUCAUCGGAGAUUGGAACACUAACAAUCUUCUCAAAUUUCUCCGUGUCUUCAAGUGUGAACGUCAAGGUUCUCAUGUCAGACAACUGGCAAGACUCCUGGAUAAGAAAAGACGCCAUGAUGAGAGUAUCCAAAUCUUUCAUGAAACAGAUGAGGUACAAAGACCUAUUAAUCAUCAGGCACUGGGUAGGAGAGGUGCCUAUGGUAUUAGAGCUGCCACUGUGCAGGAUAAAGAAGGUUAUGAGAGUGGAAGAAUAGACAAGGAAUGGGAUUGUUUCAGGGAAGAUCGAAUUAAUGCUCAUGGUCAACCUGCUACCUCUAGAGGUCGGUAG